AUGGCACCAUCAUCUCUUCACUAUGUCCGGACUGAUCUUCUUGAGGUCGCCUUCUCAUCACUCUUCUACGGUAUUUUUUUGGUCGCAAUGGGGCAAUCAUCGUACUUCUUGUGUCGACAAGGGCCAUUCCAGACAAGAACGAGCGGUUUCCUCAUGGUGGCAACCCUCAUCAUGUUCGUUGCAGCGACAUGCUCAUGGGUGGAGGAGAUCGUGGACGUUUUACUCUAUCUCCCAUAUGACCUCGAUCUGAAAGCGAAAGUUCCUGCUGCCAUCACCCACAAAGACAACUCAUUGAUCACGCUGAACGAUGUUGCUGUGAGAAUCGUCUAUAUUCUUUCGGAUUGUAUCGUGGUACAGCGUGCUUGGAUCCUAUGGCGACAGAACCUGAAGGUCAAAAUCAUUCUCUGUAUGUGCAUCCUAGCCACGGUUGUUGUGGAUGUUUCAUUGGAUCUCGAGGACCGAUGGGACGGGGAAGGCAUCAGUUUCAAAGGUCUAUCAGCAAUCCUCGGACGAGCGCUCAUCAUGGCGAUCCCGACACUGUUUACCAACCUGUGCGCUACUACGUUGAUCGCGGUGAAAGCUUGGAAACACCGCGUCUCGAUUCGAAAAAACUUACGUGAGGGCAGCACCCGGACCAGCGUGGAGAAGAUACUAGCCCUGCUAGUCGAGUCUGGGGUCUUCUAUUGCUUCAUCUGGGUAAUAUAUAUUAUUGCCGCCGCGGGUUUCUUCCCCAGUACUGCUGCGACAGUAAUCAGGGAGGUCCUCAUACAAGUAGCGGCGACAUAUCCCUGUAUCAUUGUUUGCCUAGUGUGUCUGGCAAAGACUCAUUGUGAUCGCCACUUCACCUACAUCGAAACCAGCCCCAAAUUUGCUCCGGCUCCUCCAAUGCGACGUGGUAGCGCUCCAGAUAGCACCAUAGACUCGACAGAGCUGGAAACCCAUUACUACAGGUCGUCGUCCUUUCACUCAAACCACUCUAUCCCAGCCUUUCACGCGAAACCGGAACACUCGAUAUACGUCGAGUCUGAUGUCACUUCUCAGAACGUGAAGGCGGCCGAUGUGGCCCACAUAGUCUAA